AUGCAAGAAGCUUCAUGGCAUAAGCAGGGGGAUGCCACUUGUGAGCGUGCAGUGAGUGCAGAUGUGGAGAACGGAUUCUGCACCAGGGACGGGAGUGUGAGGGAGCCCCUGGCGCCCCAGGGCACAGCAGCAAUGGGCAAUGAACACAAAAGGAACCUCAGAAGAUUCCUGGGUGAACGGUUCAGGUGCCAUCCCGUGGGCACGGCGGUGCUGAUUCUGCUGCUCCUGGUGCUGGUGCUGGCUUUGGGGGCGGCCUUGGCUGUGCCGGCAGCAGCAGAGCUUCUAGGUGCAGCUGCGACACCGCUGUUGGUUCUGGGCUGUCCCUUGGACUGGGUUGGGUACUAUGGGGUCUGCUAUGUCUUCUCACAGGAUUACAGCACGUGGGAGCAGGGUCAGGAACGGUGCUCCGAGCUCAAUGCCACCCUGGCCAUUGCCAAGGAUGAGGAGGCCAUGGAUUUCAUCUCCCACCUCUGUGAGGAUUUUGGUUUCUGGCUCGGGCUGCGCAGACGGGGCGAGCGCCUGCACUGGGGGGACGGCAGCAGCUACAGCUCCCGGGUUCCUGUGUUCGGCAAUUCCGAGUGUGUGUACCUGGCUGAUGAGAGAUUCAAGAGUGACAACUGCUCCAGUGAGCAGCCGUAUGUCUGCAGCAAGGCCCAAGCUCCCCUGUAA